AUGCGUCUCCAGUUGCCGGAAUUCGCCGCUGUAAUGACAGCAUUUUUAUACGGUUCUUAUCAAGGACUCUUUCCCAAGGACAAGACCAAGAUAUUAGAUGGCGACGAAAGUGAUGUGAGGAAAGCUGAGGGGACGAAGCUGUAUACGAAAGUAGUCAUAUACUACGCGCAUUGGUGCGGGCAUUGCCGGAAUACUGCGGAUGAGCUCAUCAAGAACCAGAAUGUUUUCUAUAACCCGAAAACGUUCUAUGAUGAGGAGAACCUUCCUCGUGUAGUGGCCUUCGACUGUGUACGAGAUGACGAGGCGAAUGAAUUCUGCGGUAAGCAAGGAGUGAAUAAUUAUCCCACUGUCUUCACAUAUCUCAAAGGGGAGAGGUAUGGCAAUCCAGGGCCGCUGGUGGACUAUAUUAGGAUGAUGCUGGAGAAGACCCCG